GCGGUCAGAAACGCCGAUGUUAUAAUUCCGUGCAUGCGUUUUUCGAGUCUUCGGCUUUAAUACGAAACGUCGAUUGGUUAGGAAUAUUGUCGUGUGUUAAGUAUCAUUAACGUACAAUUUACAAUUCGGUGAAUCUGGCAACGAGGUAAUAAGGUAAAUAGCGUCAUACAUUCAUUAUUAGUGGUACUACUGCGUGUAACUCAUAUGUUGUGGACAUUGUGCACGCGGUUAUGAUUAUCAGUUGAAGUCCAUCGGUCUCAAGUGCCGGUUCUGUUGUGUUUCACUUGAGUACACGAUCGGUGAGAGUGCGCGUGGUCCUGUUAUUGCCGUCCGCGCAUGAUAAUUUCGCGUACAGUAAAAAUGUUUACUGCUUUAUAUAAUGGGUUAGCUUUGAAACUUGACUCUGAAAACAAGUUUAAUGAUCGAGUAUUAUUAAAAACAAUGAAAAUUACUAGUCGAAGUAUAGAAAUAUUUUUGUCUCAGUGUGAUCAAGUCAAUGAGUCCACAGAAAAUGAUACAAAACCUUCAAAAACGUUUGAAAAUUUUUUCAAACUGUUUAUUGUUUUAGAUAAACAUUUGAAUGAGUUAAUUGACCAAAGUACAGAGGAUAAGUUAAACUAUAUUUCUGGAUCUCUUUAUAGCGAUGAGCAAAUUAAUGUAAAAAAAUAUAAUUUACUUAAGAAAACAAUUUUAAAUAAAAUUAAUUCUAUGGAUUGUUUAUUUACAUGGGACCUACCAAUGUCUAAAAAAGACUUAAUUUCUCAUAUUAAUAAGAAAUAUGGUGAUUUCAAUUUAGAUAUUUCUACACCGGUUUUUACAUUUGAAAGAUAUAUUUCAAAUAUAAUUAUUGCCUACGAGUUAUUUCUCAGAGAAAAAGAAAAAACAGCAAAAAUUUUAAUAUUAUUAAUUGGUAAAUGGCUGGAAGAGUUAGAUAAUAGUGCUAAUGAAUUUUAUUUAUCUAUACGUGAUGGAUUAAAGAAUAUUUUAUUAUCUACAUUUGUUCACAUGAAGAUGAAAACACUGAAAAAAAAUAUGAAUAAUCAUAUUCAAUGGUUUAUGGAUAUACAUAUGAAAUAUUCAGUUAUGAAUCACAAAUCAAAAGCUGCUAUACUUGCCAUAAAGGCUGCAGUAUUACUCGAGUACAGUGAUGAUGCAUUGUAUUUGAUGGAAGCUAAUAAAUGUGCAAAAAUAGCUCGCGAUUUAGAUCCAACAUGUUCUUAUUGGUUUUAUAUUUAUUCAUUAGUGUUAACAGCUCGAAGACGGUUAGAACUUACUACAAAAUCAUGGUCAAGAAAAAACGAAAAAAAAGCAAUUCAACAGGCAAUCAAAUUGUCUGUUACUCAAAAUAUAUAUAUUAAGUAUCAUGAAAUGAUAUUAUUAAAAGAUGAUGUUCUAUACAAUUUUCAUUCUAGAGAGACUACUUCCUCUAUACAUGAAAAUGAUUGCAAUAAAAUUAUUACUAUGAUCAAAACACUGGUUGACAUAGAGCCGAAUGAUCCUCUAGUUGUUGUAAACUGUGGUAGAAUCUUGAUUAGUCUUCCAAAUAUGGAUGUUAUAAAUUAUGGAAUGCAAUUAUUAUUAAAAGGAUUACAAAUGGCACCAAAUGAUUUAACUGUAUUUAAAGCUAUUAUCCGAGUUAUUAUUAUUAACAAAAAAAAGAUCAAUUGUAGCUACUUUUCCAAAAUUGAAGGCCAAUCAACUCUAGAUCAAUCAUCAAAUAUCAAUAAACAAGUAAAUUUUGUAGAAAACUUGAAGGUAGCUGUAGAGAAACAUAAUAGAAACGAAGAUCCUGUACCAUAUUUAUUGAGUUUAUUAAAAAAUAAUGAUAAUAAUCUUAUGCAGUGGAAAAUUCUGGCUCAAAUUUGUUCAUAUGUAGUUUUAUUCCAUAAUAAUUUAGAAGAUGGCGUUAAGUAUUUUAAGUUACUUGUUGAAGCUGUACAAAAUGAAUUUGCAUCCGAGGAUUUAAUAUUGAGUCAUUAUUCAUCAUUUACAUAUAAACCCCAGAGGUUUAAUCUUGCUAAGUUAAUUAAUAAUGAAAUAAAAAUAGCAUUGGAAGAUGAUAUUCUUGAUGAUAAGCCAUAUUAUUACAAUGUAUUAAAUACAAUACUAAUAAAUUAUCAAGAUACAUCAUCAAAAGAUAAUGUAGAUAGAUAUUUUCGAAUAAAUAUAAUGGGCGAGUAUGGAUACAAAAUUGAACAAUUUGAAAUUAAAAAUAAUCCUCAACAUUUAAAUGAAAUAAGGAAGUCAAGAAAAAGAAGUAGAUCAAGAAAUAAAAGAAGUCAUCAAAAUGGUAAUAGUAUCAAUUCUAAUAUUAAUGAAAAUAAUUCUGAUAAUGAGAGAAAUUUAAUUAUUAGUGAUGAUAAUGAAACAGAUAAUUGUUGUAAGUGUAGGAUAAUGUAAAUAUUGUAAUUGAUUAUAAAUUUUAUUUAAUGUUUUCCAAAUUAUU